AUGACGAAUUUGUUGCGUCAACUCCGUCAUCUAUUCUUCAACUCUAAGACCCUCCUACUCUGCAUCGGCGCUUUGUCUGUAAGCUACACCAUUGUGGAAUUCUCGGUGUUGUCAUCUAUGAUGGAUUACUGGAAAUAUUCAAAGGUGGAGGAGGAUCUACGAAAAUCUGCUAUCUUAACAAAUCUACAAGAUGGUCUAUCGUCUGUCCUUUCCAUUUUUGCUUCUUUAAUUUCCGAAUCAUAUACGGGUCCCUUGACUAUGAUCACAAUUUGCGCUGCAGCUGCCAUCGAGGGUUUAAUGCUACUAUGGACAUCGGAUUCUUCAGUAUCUGGUGCGCUAUAUGCAGCUAUAUUGUUUCUUGCAUUAGGGAAAAGUGGUCAAACGCUUUUAGGAAGUUUUCUUAAAAAUAAGGUGGAAGAGAUACUUGAAGAAAGAGAAAAAAGUGAAAUAAAGGAUGGAAGCAUAGAAAAACAAAAUGAGCAAGACCUCAUAUGUACAAUUCUUACAAAUACGUGGUUGUUAGUUCCGUUGGUUGUUGGAUACGUGGUAAUAGUGUUUGCUGACUUUGCCGAUCAAGAUUACUAUUAUCUCUUCAGAUCCUCUGCAAUUCUCAUGGGAGGGUGCUAUCUUUUGUUCCUCUUUGGUAGGACGAAGUAUAGUCACGAACAAUUACUUGAUGAAAGCAAUCUAGGGAAGAUCUUUAGAAUCUGCAAAGCAGCUUGUGAAAGACGAAGAUCAGAUUAUCCAACGUCUCCGAAUUGCUAUUACUGGAAGGGUAAUGUGCGGACCAAUUUAUGUUAUGACCACGAUAAUGGACUGAGAUUAAAGCCACGAGUUCCACGGCUAUUCAGGUGGUUGGACAAAGCAGCUAUACUUAAUCAAAAAGAUUCUAAAUAUCCUGAGGUGAGUCCUGACACGCAAGAAAGGAAUGGGAAGGUUUGCACAGUAGAGGAGGUGAGGGAAGUGAAGAGCUUUGUUCCUAUGAUAUACCUCUGCUUUACCUUCUUUGCUUACAGUUUACUCGUGGCUACUGGGAACACUUUUUUUGUUGCACAAGCAAGCAACAUGAAACCUACCAAAGGUUAUGAUAUCUCUAAACUCUUUUUGAUCAAAACCGGUAUGAGAAAAGUGUCGCAAUUCAUCUUCUUUUGGAUUGUGAAUGGCUUGCGUAGUAUGAGAACUGCAGGCUUUACGUCGAAAAGAUUCACAGUAACGACUUCGAUUAUAAGCAUUGGUUUUGGCAUGGUGUGUGCCGUAAUUUGCUGCGUCGUAGCGUGGAAAGUCGAGUUACAGAGAUUGUCUUUGACAAAAUAUGGACAGGAAGAACUGAAAAGCCCAACCAGAGCCUUAGUUCCGCAGUUUAUAUUGUUGGGAAUGACGGAGGCACUUGUUGAGGGGGGUUUAAAGCUUUUAUAUGUUGCCCACGUAGAAAAAGCACUGUGGAGUUUUACUGAUUCGUAUACUGAAUUACUGAAUGGUAUUGGCAAACUCCUCUUUUUUCCACUGGUCGUAACUUUCAGUGGCAGCUGGUUCAAGGAGAGUAUCGAUAAUUCCCAUGUAGAUAGAUUCUAUCUAAUGUUGGGAAUAUUGAACGCUGCCCUGCUUCAAAUUUUUGCUUACUACUCUUUCAACUACACAUACAAGGAGAUAUGUCCCAAGGAUGACCACGCUGAUCAACCAGAGACCACCACGCUACGAACCAAAACGGAGAAAAGGAAGGAAAAGAAAUCUCUCCAUAGCACCGUGAGCAAGUUCCAUGGCGGAAGAGGAAGAGAAACUCUCCCGGAGUUGUGUGAUGAAGAACUCUGCUUAGAUGGCGCCUCAACCUUGCCGACGCAAUCGGAGAAGCCGGAGUCCCUCGCGGAGGCGUCUACGCUGCAAAACGUCCUUGCCGCAUCUCGCUGCGUCUCGGCGCCAACGAAGGCGAGAUCAUGCUUGAGCCGCUGCCUCCCACAGUGUCGCCAUCGCUGCUCCACCGGCUACGCUCUCGUCGCACUAUCGCUUUGUCAUUGCCGCGCUGUCGCCGCGCCAUAG